AUAACAAACGGCGAUUUCACAUUUUAUUGUAAACGAAAAUAGUGAAGUAAAUAAAACAUGUUUCUGUCCAAUAAUUUCCUGAGAAAAGCUUUAGUUUUGAAUUCCAAAAGAUUUUUCAGUGAAAAAACUAGUGGAAAGUUCUACGAUGUAAUUGUUAUUGGUGGUGGUCAUGCCGGAACUGAAGCCUGUGCUGCUGCCUCGCGAAUGGGAGCCAAAACCUUAUUGGUCACCCACAAAAAAGAAACAAUUGGGGAAAUGUCCUGCAAUCCGUCGUUUGGCGGAAUUGGGAAAGGACAUCUUAUUCGAGAAGUAGAUGCUCUCGAUGGGAUUUGUGGUCGAUGUUGUGAUGUUUCUGGAGUUCAAUACAAGGUGCUUAAUCGUCGUCGUGGUCCAGCUGUCUGGGGACCUAGAGCUCAAAUCGACCGUCAACUGUACAAAGCUGCCGUGCAAAAGGAACUCUUUAACAUUCCCAACCUAGACAUACUUUGCACACCUGUUGAGGAUCUCAUUAUAGACGAAUGCACCCCAGCUGACAAUUCAGAGACCGCAGUAGUGAAGUGCUCAGGAGUAAUUCUUAAAACUGGUGAAAAAAUCCAUUCCCAUGGAGUAGUCAUCACAACUGGAACUUUUCUUCGUGCGCACAUCAAUAUCGGAAUGGAUGUUCGCCCAGCUGGUCGGAUGGGUGAUGCACCGGCCAUUGGUCUCGCCAAUAGCCUUGAGAAUCUCAAUUUUCGAAUGGGACGUCUGAAAACUGGAACUCCCCCUCGAAUUCGAAAAAGUUCGAUAAACUAUUCCAAUUUAGACGUCCAACUGGGAGACGAUCCUCCCACUCCGUUCUCAUUUUUAAACGACAAAGUCUGGAUCAACGCCAAAGAUCAACUUCCCUGCCAUCUUACCAACACGACGUUCAGAGUUAACGAGAUCGUCAAGGAAAAUAUGCACCAGAAUCGACAUGUGACUGAAGAAAUCACCGGUCCAAGGUAUUGUCCAUCGAUUGAGUCGAAGAUUUUACGAUUUGGACAGAAAACUCAUCAAGUUUGGCUGGAGCCUGAAGGCUUCAACAGUGACUUGGUCUAUCCUCAAGGUUUGUCGUGUACUCUUCCUGAAGAACAACAAGUGGAACUAAUUCAUUCAAUUGUUGGUCUGGAGGAGGCCGAAGUUGUUGUGCCAGGUUACGGGGUUGAGUACGACUAUAUUGAUCCACGGGAGCUCUUCGUAACGCUGGAGACCAAAAGAGUUGCGGGGUUGUUCUUAGCGGGACAAAUCAAUGGAACCACGGGAUACGAAGAGGCAGCUGGUCAGGGACUACUUGCCGGAGCAAAUGCCGCUGCAAAGAGUUUGAAUAAAGAACAGAUGACUAUCAGUAGAACCGAAGCGUACAUUGGAGUACUCGUUGAUGAUUUAACUUCACUGGGAACGAAUGAGCCAUACAGGAUGUUUACAAGUCGAGCUGAGUUCCGAUUAUUACUGCGGCCAGAUAAUGCCGAUCUCCGCUUGACUGAGAAGGGUUACAAGUUUGGAUUGGUCUCCAAAGAACGUUAUAAUCAUAUGUGCCGAACAAAAGCUAAACUCGAUGAAGCCAUUACCAUUCUCAAGGAUCUCAAACGCUCUUCCAAUCAAUGGAGGUCUCUUUUCAAUCUCCCAGAGUCGAAAACUUCUGUUCCAAAGAGUGCCUUUGAAAUGUUAGCCAUCCCCGCAGAUAAUAUAUCCUGCAAACAAAUCGCUAGUCUAGAACCCGAACAUCUUGGAUGGCUUGCGGAAGAUGAACAAAUUUCCGAAAGAAUAAAGAUCGAAGCCCUCUACGAUUAUUUUGUAGUUGAACAGGCUAAAGAUGUGGAAGCUGUGAGACAAGAGGAACAGCUUAUGAUUCCAGCAAAUAUUGAUUAUUUUGCAAAAUCACUUAGCCUUUCAAAUGAAGAACGACAAAAGCUUACCAUGAUCCAACCUCAAACUAUUGCUGCAGCUAGUAGAAUUCAAGGUGUAACUCCUUCAACUGUUGUUCGACUUCUUAAAUUUAUAAAACAACGACCCCAUACAAAACAAAUUUCAAUUUAAUAAAACAAAUUUGAAAAUAGACAAAUAAUUUUAAAUAAG